GCUAUUGGAGUUUAGUCAAACCAGAGUCUUACUCGAGUCGUUAAGUUUAUCAGACAUUGGUGUACAAAAUAUUUUUUUACAUUCUUGUAAACGACAUAGUAUAGAAAACGUGAAAAGGUUAUAUAGAACAUCCUAUAUGUCACGAUGCGACUACGACGGCGUGUUCUACAGGGUGUUCUGCGUGACGCUCCUCGCCACCGCCUUCACCUUCACAGUCAUCCUCACUAAUGUCUUUAUUGACAUCGAUGGUCUGCUGGCCAAGAAAGGAAAACAAAAUCACGAAACCACAGACAAUGUUGAAUAUAAAGAAAACAUCAAAAGUAGUGAAACAACCAACCCUCCUGACGAUACAACCACAGACAAUGUAUUUGAAAAGAAUUAUAUAGACGACCAGUCGGAAACAUCAUACAGAACAAAAAGAUCAAUAGGUUCUAAAAAUAUAGUAUCCAAUUAUCAUAAAAAUAAAAUAAAAGUACUCGCAGCUCAAUUAACGAAACUACUUGAAAAUAUCGAUAACAAAGGAGAAAUAUAUUCAGCAGAAUUUAACAGGAAAGAAAAUAACGACAUUGAUAUUGCUAAAAUACCUUUUGAAGAUUAUAUCUCUAACUAUAAUGAGGUUAGAAGAAAAGAAAUACCUGAAAAAGAUUUACAUUUUAAAAUACAUAGAGUUCCUCAAGAAAAUGUUAUAGAAAAUGAGGAUGUUGAUGAUAUUUCGAAAACUAUUAGUAAAGUUCUGAAGAAUUAUAAUAGUAGAGGACACAGAAACAUACAAGAGAAAGAUCCCGAAGUCAUGGUGAAGACAAUAUUAGAAAUAAAACCUUUGGAUAUUAUUGAAGUGAAGAACAAAAUCAGUAAUUCUCAAGAAAAAAUCAAAAGUCCAAAUAAAAUCAAGUAUAAACAUUUACAUAAUCUUCAAAAUAUAGAUAGAGAAAACUUAAGCAUCGACGAACACAAAACUAUAUUGAAAUUAAAAAUUCUGGGACCAAACUCAAGGAACAAGAAAAAUUACGAAAAACAUAGAGUUUUCGAAAUUAUUCCUAAACAUAAUCAAUAUUACUAUUUAAAUAAAGCUUUGGAAUAUCUGAGAAAAUAUUCACAAUAUAAUAAGGAAGAAUUUGCAUUUGUCAGACUGGGUAAGAGAAACAAAGAUCGAAUGAAAAGGCAAGUUAAAGUAAGAUAUGAAGAUUACGACGCUACCACACCUAAAAUAAAACCAGUUCGUAAAACUACGAAGAAAGCUGAUGACGAACUGUACGUUGAAAUCGAAACUCAUUUCGAUGGCUCCGGUGCUAAAGGAGAAAGAAAGAAAAAACUUGUAAAAAGUCUCAUAGACAGAAUCCAAAAAGCUAUAAGAUCCGAUGAGUUAGCUAAAAGCGAUAGAAAAAAAACACACGAGCACUUACAAAUAAAGAAAAGAAUCCAAAAUCCUCUCAAACAAAAACCCAAGAAUAUAAUGAAGAUGAGUUCAGUGGAGCAUAGACAACAGAAUCCAAUCAACAAAAUAGAGGAAGUCAAAGAUCUUCUACAAGACGGAGAGGUCAAAUCUGUCGAUGACUUGGACGAACCGUAUCAAGGUCCAAAUUCCUUUUCUUUACCAAAUAUGGAAAACUCGGCAGAAGCAGGAAAUUCUGAAUUCAAUAAUAUUUUAAGCAGCGGCAUACCGCAAAGAAUACAAGUACCCUUAAACUUACAGCAUCCAGACAUGCCGGGAAAACUAAAAAACUCUUACGCAGAUGCAGGUAAUGUAACACUCUUCAUAAAAGACAUCGAUGGAAGUGGAUUUUCAGUAGGUUUCAAUCAAUACGUCGACGAACCUCCGGAUGUAGACAGCAUGAAACUAUUUUCUGGAUUAGAAAAUUUAAUAAAAACAUACCACGAAGACUAUGAUCAAAAUAAUAAUGAAAACAAUAACGUUAACGAAAUAGAGGAUUCACCAGAAAAACAACACGAAUUGAUGAAGCGAGACGUUAACUCAGACAAAAGUCGACAUAUCUUGUUCCGUCGAUCUAUCGAAGAAGUGCAGAAUGACUACCGAUCAGACGCUUAUAAUAUUAUUUUCGAUAAGAAAAUGUUGCCCUACGCCAGAUAUGAAGAUGUUUUAAAUACACCGAGCCGUAAAACGAUACCCUCGGAUUAUGAAUACAAGAUUAGAAACUACGACUACAAUCCAAAGAAUAUUAAAAUAUUUACAAAGGACAUCAAAAUUAAAGCACUACCAAUUGUAUUAAACGACGAAAUUUUUGACAAGAAAAUGAGACCAUCAGAAAUUUUCAGUUUAGCAAACCUAUUAUUACAAGGCAGGAAAAAUAGAGAAAAACGCUCACUGAACGUUCAAAAAAUCACAAACUUGAAGUCCAGGAUCAAACUCGCUAGAUAUAUAAACACUAAAAAAAUGGAAUCCAAAUCAGUAUUUUUUAAAAAUAAAAGAAAUAAGCGUAACGUUGAUAAGAUAAGGAUAUUCGCUUCAGACCAAUCGCAAGGCCCGUCUAGGCAGUCUGAAGAAAAUGUCUAUGUGCUUUCGGGGGAAAACUUUUUUACGAACAGAGCAUCGUUAAGAGAGAUAGAACUGCCAGAGAGUGACACAGGAGACGACGGGGGAGGGGAGCAACGCGGUGACGACACCGUGCCCUUUGUGUUCGACGAACCCUAUCCUAACAGUCCCAACAAGGAACCUAACUACAUUACAAACAUAUUCGACACUAAAUACAGCCAAAAUGGUUUAAUGUCAAAGUAUCCUCACAUAUUUCCGGGCACCGCGCGUGACUCUAAAGAAGUACAAUUUACUAACGACAACGAUUUUAUGUUUAAGAGAGGCAAUAAACAGCAACUAAAGCUAGAAAACUUACUAGGAAUGCGCGAAGGAGACAACGACCCUCCAGAAAAGGACGGACGUAUACCUGACAUUGUUAACGCUAUAAUGCCUUCGAAAAAUAACUACAAAGUCACUGUCAAAAUUUUACCCAAAAAUUUAACUAACGCACCUUCAGGCUUCAAAGAAAUGCACACAGUUAUAAAUAAAACGUACAAUAACAACGGUGUUCAAUAUUAUUCUCUUGUUAAUGUAUCUGAAAUAUCUAAAAUAGAGAAAAUAAAUAAAACAAAGGAAUAUGAACAUAUUGAUGAUAAUACUAAUAACAGUAAAUCAACAGACGAUACAAAAAUGUUAGAACAAGAGAAAAAUAUGAAAUUACUGCUGGCACUUCAGAAAGAAAAAAUUGAAAAACAACUUUUACAUUUAAAUAAAGAAAAAGAAGGACUCGAAAGUAUAUUGCGAGAAAGAGACGGCAUUAAAGAGAGAAAUAUACACGAUUUGUUUAAAGAUUUCAUGCAUUUAGAGCAAAACAAACCUAACGAUGACAUGGAAUUCUUGCACGACAUGAGUCAUCUACAUGUUCACGACACUCCAACCGUUGAACCGAUAACAGAAUCAAACAUAAUAAUACCUAUAACAAACCAUGAUAUAAGAAUAAAAUUAGAAGCACCCAAAGAACCGGAAAAUAAUAAAAUCGAGGCAUUAAAAGAAAAAGACAAUGAACAUCUAACAAACGAAAUAUUAUCACAGAUAAAUAAAAAUACAGAUAUAUUACAAUGCUUUUUAAAGAAACUGUCAGAUAAAUUUGAUCAUUCGUCUUCACAGACAACGCGGAGUCCUUUCGAACGUGUUACAGAAGAAAAUAAUUUAAGGGCACAUCCUGAUUUAAAAGACUGGGGUCUACAUCACUUGCACGAUUCAUUCUUCAAUGACCACAUCCAUAAGAACGAGUCUCAUUACGCUAUACCCUUUGUCUAUGCUUACCAACAUCCAUAUUUACCACCAAACAAACCUCCAUUGCCGAUGGCUAAAAUAGUGUACCACGGACACAUUCAUGCGAAUAAUCUACAUAAAUAUGCAAAUGAUGCAAGGAAGUAUAACACUAACACUAGUAAUUCUAAACAUAAUCAUCCCACUACUAAUCCUAGUGGUAAUCAUGAGGGUAAUAAAUUCUUUAUAGAUAGUCUAGCUCGUGACGUCAUCGUGACUCCAUCGAAAAUCGUACAGAAGACAGAGUUCCCAGCUUCUGUUGUGAAUGUAACACAAAUUAAUUGA